UUUAUAAAAAAUAAAAUCCAAAAUAAUGCAGUGCAGUUUGUGAAAAAAAUCUUAUCUUAAAAAAAUAUACAAUUUAAGAAAUAAUUAAAAAAAAAAAUUAUUUUUUAUUAACAAAGAAAAAUGUUGUCUUUAAACAUGAAAUCCUUUACACAAUAUUUGUGUUUUUCUACUUUACUACUCUUAACCAUUACAACUACUUCAUCGUCAGGACAUGUUUUGGAUAGUCUACACUUAGAUGAAUUAUACUAUCCUACCAGUCCUGAAUAUCCUGUUUCGAAUUUACCCCAUGGCGAUAGUGAAUUCUUAGUUUGGCAUUUGGACAAUCCCAUUAAUUUUUAUAGCGAAAAAUAUGAUCAAUUAUUUAUCAAUACCAAUGGCAUAUUGACAUUUAAUAUUGAAUUUCCCGACUAUAUCAAUCAACCCUUUCCCUUUGAGUAUCCUUCAAUAGCGGGUUUUUAUUCGAAUGUGGAUACUACUGGUGCUAAUGAUUCGACUUCUAUUUCAAUUUUUAAUUCACAAGAUCCAGAACAAUUGCAAAAGGUUAGCGAAUUAGUGCGUUAUGCUUACAAUGAGCAAGCAGAUUUUGAAGCUACCGAUAUUGUGGUGGCCACCUGGAAAAAUGUUGGCUAUUUCGAAUCGAAAACCGAUAAACUGAAUACCUUCCAGGUCAUUAUUAUUUCUGAUGAUCAGGAUACUUUUGUUCAAUUCUUAUAUCCUUCUGGUGGCUUAAAUUGGUUGCAAGGUGAAAAUGGUCCUUUGGGCUUACCUGAUAUUAGAGCUCAAGCUGGUUUUGUUUCUGAAGAUGGCCGUUAUUUUAAUUUGGAGGGAUCUGGAACUGACAUUGCCCGUUUCUUAAGUGAAAAAUCUAAUGUUGGUAUUCCCGGUGUCUACUUGUAUCGAGUAGGUCCCUUCGACUAUGAACGCAAUGUCCAAUCUCCUACCAAUGAAGACACACGUACCGAAUCACCCUUAUAUUCUCGAUCCUGCUCUGAAGCCGGUCAACGUGUUUGCAGUCAACAUGCUCAAUGUGUCGAUAAAGAAGAGGGCUUCUGUUGUGUAUGCCAACAGGGUUUCUAUGGUAACGGUGAAGUGUGUAUUAAAGAUGAUUUUCCUGUACGCGUAACUGGCUCCAUAAUGGGUGAAUUAAAUGGUGAAAUGAUCGAUGAACGUUCUAAGCUGCAAUCGUAUGUUGUAACCGCUGAUGGACGCAGUUAUACCGCGGUGACUCCCAUUAACACUGAAUUGGGUACCAAUUUAAGAUUGGCUUUGCCCAUUGUUAGUGCUAUUGGUUGGUUGUUUGCCAAACCUUUGAACCAUACCGCCAAUGGUUAUCAAUUGACGGGAGGUGAAUUUUUACACACUUCUAAGUUAAGUUUCGAAACUGGUGAAGUGCUUUUGAUCAAUCAAACCUAUGAGGGUCUCAACUAUUGGGAUCAAUUGUCGGUGAAGAUAGAUUUGCAUGGUCAAGUGCCCCAAAUUAAGCAUGGUUUGAAAUUGCAUAUGGCUGAAUUCACUGAAGAAUAUCGUUUUGUUACACCCAAUGAAUUGCACUCAGUACAGGCUCACGCUUUGGAAAUUCCCGAAGAGAAUAGAGUAAUCAAUUUCCAAAUGGAACAAAAUAUAUAUUUCGAACGUUGUUUACAGGAUCAAGAGAACUCCAUUGCCGGUACUACCUACUUCCAAAAGAUCUCCAAAAUUAUGUUGGAUUAUUUUGAUAGAGAUCAGGCUUUGCGUACUAGUAUUUUAACUGUUGCUGGUGUUACGGCCAUGUCUAACGCCUGUACCGAUGGCACGGCAGUCUGUGGUGAGAAUAUGGUUUGCAUACCCUACGAUGAUAACUACAGAUGUGACUGUCUGCAUGGUUAUGCGCCACAAGUUACCGAUUGGGGCGCAGAAAUCUGUGUUGAUAUUGAUGAGUGUGCCUUGGGUACCCAUGCCUGCAGUGAAAAUGGUAUUUGUACCAAUAAUGAAGGAGGUUUCUCAUGUGUUUGCUUAAAUGGUUAUGAAGGCAAUGGUUUUAGAUGUUUGAUUAAUGACAGCAAUGUGGCGGAUAAUAUUGAGUCAUCUACUCCAAGUAAUGUGGGUGAGACUAUUGUUAGUGUUGAACCAGUGCCAAUGUAUCCAGAAGAUAACGUAGUAGAUAGAGAACAUACCGAAACAGUACCCGAAUCUGUACCAGAACAACAACCUCAACCUUCACCACAACCUCAAUAUCCUUAUCACUCGGAUGAUUGUUAUCGUUGCUCGCCUUAUGCCGAUUGCUUGGAGGGAAGAUGUGAAUGCCGUGAAGGCUUUUCCGGUGAUGGUUUAUACUGCAUGAGCAAUUGUGGUCACGAUGAGGCCUGGGAGGAUGGCAGAUGUGUUAAGGUUAUUUAUGAAGAACCCGAUAUUGAGCCCAGAUGUAAUUUCUUUGGCGAUUGUACCUGCGAUGAUGGUUAUGAACUAAUGGAAGACAUACAGAUGUGUCGUUAUGUCGGUAGCUAUAAUAUCGAUCAUAGAUCAGAAGAUUUUGUACCCUGCGAUGUGGAAUACAAUUGUCAUCCCAAUGCCAGCUGUGAAUGGUUUGAGGUGGAAUUAAGACAUAUCUGUACUUGCAAAUCUGGUUAUUAUGGUGAUGGUUACAAUUGUGCUAUAAUUGAUGAAUCCUGUGCUGUGAAACCCGAAAUCUGUGAUCCUCAAGCUGAAUGCUUGUACAAUGAAGUUUUAGGUCACUCGGAGUGCAAAUGUAAACGUGGCUAUGAGGGUGAUGGUUAUCGUUGUACUCUAGCUCCCGAAUGUUUGGAAGAUUUAGACUGUGGCCAAAAUGCUUUCUGUGAUCGUGAUGUCUGUCAAUGUCAAGCUGGUUUCGAACGUGAUAUGUCCGAUCUCUGUGUGGUGCCCGGUAGUUGUGGUUCUGUAGUAUGUGGUGCUAAUGCUUUGUGUAAAUACGAUCAACAUCAAGAUGUUAAGUAUUGCGAUUGCAUGGACGGCUAUGAGGGUGAUGCUUUAGUGGGUUGCAAGAGCAAACCUAUACCUUGUAAUGUUCAAUUCAAUUGUGGUGUACAUGCUAGCUGUGAACCAACAGAUGAUCCUGCCAAUUACGAGUGUCAAUGUAAUGCUGGCUAUAAUGGUGAUGGUUAUGUUUGUGUUGAAGAUCAAAAUUGCUUAAAUACUCCUCAGUUGUGUGACAUGAAUGCUGCCUGUUUGUCCACCAAUAAUGGUUUGGUGUGCGUUUGCAAUAAGGGUUUCUAUGGCAAUGGUUCCUUGUGUAUUGAAAGACAACAGCAUGAUUCCGGUUUCCUUUUGGUUUCACAGGGUGUUGUUAUAGUGCGUGUGCCUUUGAAUGGUAAAAAUGUUCGUCCCAUUUCUGUAGCAUCCAUGGCUAUUGGUUUGGAUAAGGAUUGUGUUGAGGGUCGCAUUUACUGGGGCGAUAUAUCGGCCAAAAAGAUUGUCAGUGCUAAAUAUGAUGGUACCGAUAUGAAACCAUUUAUUACUGAAGAUAUUGAAUCACCCGAAGGAAUUGCUAUUGAUUGCAUUUCCAGACGUCUUUAUUGGACUGAUUCGGUUAAGGAUACUAUUGAAGUAGCCAGUUUAGAAGAUCCUACUCUCAGGGCUGUGAUAAUCAAUAAGAAUCUGGUAAAUCCACGUGGCAUAGCUGUUGAUCCUUAUAGAGAGAAAUUGUAUUGGUCUGAUUGGAAUCGUGAAUCACCCAAAAUUGAGGUCUCCGAUUUAGAUGGCACUGGCCGUGAAGUCUUGUUGGGUAAAGAUAGUGUUACUUUGCCAAAUUCUUUGGUAGUUUUAGAACGUUCGGGAGAAUUAUGUUAUGCCGAUGCUGGUACCAAAAAAGUAGAAUGUAUUGAUAGCUAUACUAAACAAAUACGUACCAUAUCCAAUGAAUUGACUUAUCCCUUCGGUUUAUCAUUUACUCACGAUCAAUUCUAUUGGACCGAUUGGACCACCAAAAAACUCGAAAGUGUCGAUACUUUGGGUCAACGUCAAAAGAGCAUGCAAAUUCCCUUCUUUGGCAGUCAUAAAAUGUAUGCCAUGACCGCAGUCGAAGAUCAUUGCCCUCAAAUGGAUAGUCCUUGUCAAAUCAAUAACGGUGGCUGUUCUGAUGCUCGCUUGUGUUUGGUCAAUCGUAAGGCACCUUCGGGUAAAAGUUGUAAAUGUACAGCUCUUUCUAAACUCUGCACAGUCCCAAAUCCUUUUACUCUCUAAAAUCUCUCUUUAGUACAUAAACGCUCUUUUAAUUAUCGUAGAGUAUUACACACUUAUGCUAACUAGAGAAGAGAGUCCAAAAAGAAACUUCAUUCGUAAAAACAUUUAUUUAUAAUUUUAAUAUACAUUUACGUUAUUAAAAAAAACACGAUCAUAAUUCAUUUUGUUAAAUAAAGUAAUAUAUUUUAUGUAUUUUUCCCCCGCUUUCCCUUUACAUGUCUGUGUGCUAAAAUUAUGCUCAUUAUUGUUGGCAUAACUUUUAAUUGUGUAUUGCUAUCAUCAUUUUUUUACUAUAAUAAAAAUAAAUUAUUUAAAUUUAAUAAAUAAAA